CUCCUAGCUGUCCUAGCUUUCAUUUGAUGCUAGCGCCAUGGACGCAGAGUUGAGGCUGAGGCCUGACACUGUCAGCAGGUCUCAGCAUGUGGUGGUGCAGCAGCAUGGCAUCAAGGGCCGGAUCCUGGUGGCCUCAAAAUUCUUCGCAGAAGGGGAUCUGCUGAUGUGGGAAAGGCCCCUUUUGGCGGUUCAGCCAGAGGCAUCCGUGGAGUGCCAGGUGAUUUUGGACAUGGAAGGCAGUUGGGACUGCAGCUACCGCUAUCCAGGGCUCUUCUAUUGGGCUGCCUUGCAGAGUCUCAGCCUCUCCGAGGAGGAUCAAAGCCUGGCUCUACAGCUGCAUCGACCGAAGGGCGAGGCGGGCGAGGAUGUGCGAGCCGUGUUGGAGGCACUGGGCAUGGAUGAAGGGCUGGAGGCAAUGAUGGAAGACUUGCUGCAGAUUUGGAUCUUCAACUCAUUGAGAAGUGAUGAUCAACUGGUCCUUCCACUCUUGAUGGCCAUGUGUUCCCACGACUGUUCGCCCAACGCCUUCUGGAGCCUCCAUGGAGAGAAGAUCGAGCUCCGAGCUGGGCAGGACAUCUCGGAGGGGGAGGAAGUGACGAUCUCAUAUUUGGGUGCUGGAGAUUUGUGCCUUCCUUCUCUGGAGCGGCAGCGACGCUUGCAGGUGACCAAAGACUUCCUGUGUUCCUGCCAGCGUUGCAGCAGCCUCUGGGACGACGUGCGCGUCUUUGUGUGUCCUCGCUGUCAAGGCAUGGCACGCGCGCAAAAGUUGGCCACCUGCGUGGGGCCCUUCGUGGCCCUCGGCCCGACCGUGGAGGCCACGGCCGAGACCGUCAGUUGGUCCAAGCUCCGGGGAGCCGUGGUGGAGCUGUGCAGCGAGACUUCAGAGGCCCUUCAGUGCGACUAUUGUGGUCCCUUGGGCUCAGUCGAGGCGGCUGCGCACCUGGUUCCGGAGGCGGAGUUUGCGCAGCUGCUCCAAGCAUCCACGCUCUCCUCUGUUCUGGGCGGCAUACCCUUGGAGGCGUCCGAGGGCCUGGGGCAGGAGGCCCUGCCGCUGCUGUGGCGCGCGCAGCGCUGCGGCCUGGCGGCGGAGCAUUGGGUCGUGGAGGCGUUGCGCGGCUACGCGGCGGAGGAGGAGAUUGAGCAACGCCCAUCUUUGCUGCGCGCACGUUGUGCUGCCACUGGCAACACGCCCAGGGAACGGUUGAAACGAGCGAGGCUUCGUGUAGCUUUGGCCAAGGCCAUCCUUCAGACAGCAUCGCCUUCGAUAUCUUCGAUGGCGGAGGUCACUGAGAAUUUGCACCUAGCGCGAGAGGUGUUGGUGCACAUCUUUGGCGCCUCGGAUCCAGAGGUCUUAGAACUGGAACCAUUGCUGGCGGCUGAAAAAGGGAGCGAAAACAGCUGCGUUGGGCUCUGA